GUGGGGUGUGGGGGCGAGGCGGCGACGAGGGCGGCGACACUCUCCUCCACUCUGCUCCACGGCGUGGGACGGCGCGGACGUGGUUUCGGAGGGAUGUCCGCCUUCUCUGAGGCGGCGCUGGAGAAGAAGCUGUCCGAGUUGAGCAACUCGCAGCAGAGCGUACAGACCCUGUCCCUGUGGCUCAUCCACCAUCGCAAACACUCGCGGCCCAUCGUCACAGUGUGGGAGCGGGAGCUUCGCAAAGCCAAACCCAACAGAAAGCUUACUUUUCUCUACCUGGCCAAUGAUGUCAUUCAGAACAGCAAACGGAAGGGACCAGAGUUCACGAAAGACUUUGCGCCAGUCAUUGUGGAAGCGUUCAAGCAUGUUUCAAGUGAAACUGAUGAAAGUUGUAAGAAGCACCUUGGCAGAGUGCUGUCUAUUUGGGAAGAGCGAUCUGUCUAUGAGGAUGAUGUGUUAGAUCAACUUAAGCACGCUCUCUAUGGAGAUAAGAAGACCAGGAAGCGGACUUAUGACCAGAUAAAGGUGGAUGAGAAUGAAAAUUGUUCCUCUCUGGGGUCCCCAAGUGAGCCACCACAGACUCUCGACCUUGUUAGAGCAUUGCAAGAUUUAGAAAAUGCAGCCUCAGGUGAUGCAGCAGUUCAUCAAAGGAUAGCUUCUUUGCCUGUUGAAGUUCAAGAAGUGUCCCUGCUUGAGAAAAUAACAGAUAAAGAAUCUGGAGAAAGGCUUUCUAAAAUGGUAGAGGAUGCUUGUAUGUUGCUGGCAGAUUAUAAUGGCAGACUGGCGGCAGAAAUAGAUGAUAGAAAACAGCUCACUCGAAUGUUAGCAGAUUUUCUUCGUUGUCAAAAGGAAGCCCUUGCAGAGAAAGAACAUAAAUUGGAAGAAUAUAAGCGCAAGUUAGCCAGAGUUUCCCUGGUUCGCAAAGAACUCAGAGCCCGGAUCCAGAGCCUGCCAGACUUAUCUCGCCUGCCCAAUGUCACUGGCAGUCACGUGCACCUGCCCUUUGCUGGGGACAUCUACAGUGAAGAUUGAUGGCCAGUCUCUUCCAAGGCCAGGACUUUGCCAGACGUGGAGACAGUAUCUAAUCACUGUACACUAUCUAAUUCCUAAGAGAAGAACUGAUCAAGAGCUGAUGUGAGACUGUAUUAUGGUAUUGUUAGGACUUGAUUAUAGAGACUAAAUGUUUCAACCUCACCUUUACCCUUUUUACCACCCAAAUAUUGGUUCUCUGUGUCCUCAUGCCUUUGAAUUUUUUAUUUCCUAGAGGUCAGUAACUUAACCCUAGACAUGGGUGCCACAUGGAGGGUCAGAUUACAGCCUAUGGAGCGUUUUUUCCAUAGCACUGCAGUAACUCCACCCCGAAGGCCAGCCCAGGAUAAAGGCCUGCUCAGUAGACUCCCUUGAUUACUGUAGAGCUAAGUGCAUUCAGUGCUUUGAGGACGAUGUAAGUUUUGACGUCCUAUCAAGAGUACAGCUGACCGCUUCUCUCAGGUCGGUCAUCAUGUGUCAUUGGUCCCUUUAACAAAACACCAGCUGUGGGGAGUAAAGGAGACGUCAGAAAGUGACAUGCUUAUUCCCUCGUCCAUAUAAUGUAAAAUAGCAUUUAGCUUAAGUAGCUCAAGAACUCAGUAUCCAUAAUACUCAGUUAAGCAGCCUGAAACAUUUUAUUUCCUUAAAGUUUUUGAAUAACUAUAUAUUUGGGAAUUAAGCAAUGCUACUACAGGGUAGAUCUGGUGAAUUUUAUACUUGUAUGUUUACAGAUGUACAUAUAAAACAAAUGUACCUUUACUCGGUCCUGGUGUGUUAGAGCAGGUGCAUGCUCUCCAACUUUCUUUUAAGUUACAUUGUGAACCUGUAGGUUUGUAUUUGAUAAUGAGAGGGGACUGUUUUUCUCCUUCAUUGCUUUGCAUUUCUCAUUGUAAUCAGAGUCAAACUAGUUAGUUAAUAGAACACCUUUUAAGUUUCACGGGCCAAUUAUAUCUUGCUACUCUGAAUGGCUUCACUGUUUCUUUCUCAGUAUUAAGAGAUUAUAGUUGAAUUACAUGUGAAGGGUGACAGGUAAUUUAUCUUCAAUAGAGUCAGUAGGUUGGGAAACAGUGCUUUUAACAAUCUGACCUCUCUCCAAGCAGUUCUGUGUAUAGAUAGCAUCAUCCAUCCCCUGCACAUCCUAGCUUCCAGUGCUUUAGACAGCUUUUGGGAGUUAGGACACAUUUCCUUAUAGAAGCUAUAGCAGGUUCCCUGUGCACACCACUGAAGCUCAGCUGGGAGCCAAAUCCACUUGACCACAGAUGUACUUAACCUGUGCUGUGGCUGAGGAGUGGCUCAUGGCACAUCCUGAGCAGCGUUUGUCUGUCACAGGAAGGGGUUUGUGUGUGGCAGCCAGACUCUGCCCUGACAGUAGGGUGUCUGCCAGUGCUGCUGUCUUUUCCCUAGGUGUAGGGAUCGAAGAAAAGAUUCAGCAAAGGAGGGUGGACAGAUGCACAUUUCACACCCUGGUUAUGCCUGUUUUGAAAGUAUGCCAAGUAAGUUAGUUUUUGUUGUUUUUGAUGUUUUUGGAAGCAGAAGUUUUGUGUGUUAACUUAUUUUCAGUAUCUUGAACUUAUUUAUGAUUUGCUGACAUGGUGAUUUAUCCAUCUAAAGUAGAUACUUUUUUCCAUUUAAAACUAAUUUAUAAACGGUGUACUCUUGGGAAGAUACAAAAUCUUUUAGAAGUUUGCUGAAAUAUUUUCACCAUGAAGACAGACUUAGAUACUCUUUUGAUGCCAGUAUCUGAUCUAAAUAUUUAUGAUAAAAUGUAUUAUUUUUUUAAAGAGCUUGAUGAGAUCUGUGAUAAAUGCUAGUACUUAAAACCUGAGUCCCACAAACUGUACAGUAUGUUCUAGAAGUAAGUUUUCCAGCCUUACAGUAGUUAACAUGGUAAGCCUUAGGAGAUAGUCUAAGCUGGGUGUGGUGGUGCACACCUUUAAUAGAAGUAGGAUCUCUGUGAGUUUAAGGCCAGCCUGUUUGUUCUACAGAGCUCUCUGUAGUGAGAUUCGUGCCAUUAGUUUCAUGGUGAGACCCUGCCUUAAAAGAAAAAGGAAGGAAGGAAGACAGACAAACAAACAGGUUUAGGUGAGGGUACAAAAUACCGAACUCUAAAUCAUGCACAUUUUCUCUACCAUGCAUCUAAGGUGUGAGAGCCUGGCCUGGCCCUCAGGGCAAAGUGAGUCACAUUUACAGCAAGGCCCUGUGCUGUGAAUGGACACCCUCCUCUUUUCUCCACAAACAGUGCAGAGAGCUGUCUGCAGUGGCAGUUUGAACAGAUUCCUGGUGCCUCUCUGCUCCUGCAACACUACAGUAAGUAAAAGAACCACAGGGGGAGCUGGGAGCCUGGAAAGGAGCUGUGCUCUGCGCCAGCCUUCCCUGAGGAAAGCCACCCCUGCAGGUGUGUGAUAGUGCUCCGCAGCAUUCUGAAUCAGAGCUAAUCUUUAAGAAAUCCCUUAGAAUCAACAAAAGCUAGGAUGAUCCAGCCAUCAUGAUUUUCAGAGUUCAAAGAAUGUGGUUGGUCCGCUGUCACUGUCACGUGAGCAGUGUCACGGUGUGUGUUCCUGGACUGGUCUGAGGAGUCUGGAGAGGACAAGGACAGUGACUGGGAGGCACGAGGCCUUCCUGAAUUCCCACUCUGAUGGACGGGAUGUGAAGUAACACAAAACCCUACUUUACCAUCUGGUAGGAGUUAGUCCUAAAGAUGAGCCGUGCUUCCCAGGUGUGCUCUACAAAGUUGCUAACAGUGUGGACUCGGCUCUCCUGUACAGAAAGGGAACAUGUGUCACUUAAUGGAUGUGGUUAUACAGAGCUUUUGUUGCCAUCUACAGUCAGUCUGAGGUGACAGGGGCACAUGGGAAGAGGAUUCUCCCUGUCUUUUACAAACCCUUUAGCUGUAUCUGAUGACAGUAUAAGAUACUAAUAAAGUUUUAUGUUCUUUUUGAA